ACUAAAAGAAGAGUGGCGAGAAGGAUGUGACGUCAUAGCAAACAAGAAAGUUGUCUCUGACGGGUAACCUUCCGAAAAUGAUUAUCUAGGAAUGUUUCAUUUAUAUUUCCCGAUGUGAGUGAGUCUGCGGGACUCGCGUGGGGAGUGAUGAGCAGCAGUUAUCCCACGCCAGACUAUUCUCACGCGGGACGCGGAGAGUUCCGGGAUGUUUACGAGCCCGCGGAAGACUCGUUCCUGCUCAUCAACGCGCUGGAGAGAGACGCGGAGGCGCUGCGGAGCAGCAACCCGGACGUGUGUGUGGAGGUGGGCAGCGGGUCGGGGGUCGUGUCCGCGUUUCUGGCAUCAGUGAUUGGACCCUCAGCCUUUUUCAUAUGCACAGACGUGAAUCCCGCGGCAGCUGUGUGCACAGCCAAGACGGCGUCCUGCAACGGCGUGUCGCUGCAGCCCGUCGUCACAGACCUGGUGGAGAGUCUUCUUCCUCAGCUGAGCGGGAAGGUGGACGUCCUCCUCUUUAACCCUCCUUACGUGGUCACUCCUUCAGAGGAGGUGGGCAGCAGAGGUAUCGAAGCCGCCUGGGCGGGUGGAGAGCGUGGCAGAGAGGUGACGGAUCGAUUCCUGCCCCUGGUGGGGGAACUUUUGUCCUUAAAGGGCGUGUUUUACCUCAUCACCAUCGCUGAGAACGAUCCCGAGGAGAUCAUCCGGCUGCUGAGGGCGUCCGGCCUGCAGGGGGAGUCCUGCCUGUCUGCGAGAGCCGCAAACGAGCGGCUGGCAGUUCUCCGCUUCCGGAGGAAACCCCGGACGUGAGGGAGGCGGCAGUCAGGAGCUCCGCCUCCUCCUGAGAGAGCAGGACCUACUCUCCAUCCUCCGCGGCUGGGACCGUGGACGCUCUGGAGCAGAGACGGAACAAAACAUGCAGACGUUCUGUCAUCUUCUUCAUUAAACUUUGUAACUGCGU